AGUGACCCCCUGAACACUGAAAGCAGCUACUUGUUUAGUAUCGUCUAUGAAGGACGAAAAAUACAAAACAUGUUAUCUAAUAAUACAAAUUGUUUAAAAUUUAUAUCCCAUCAAGUAAAUUAUUUGUUUUCGAGGAUAAACAGAUUGUUUUUUCAAAGAUAUUCUGAUAAAUUUGAUUAAUAAUGAGUUGGAAGUUCAACGAAUCAGAAUUGUGUGUGUGAUAAGUUGUUCCGAAUGCAAUAAUUUUAUUGUAUUCAGUCAUGUAAAAAUCAAACAUGGAUUGAUCUGAAUACGAAGGGAUUUAUUUAACGAUUCAUUGCAUAGAUAUGAUUUAAAUAUUCCGGAAAUUAUAUUAGUUACACUUUUUGUUUAAAACCCACUGAUAAACAAAUUGAUUUAUAGUUUUCAAAUAACUGAACCUAAUAUCGUUACUAGGCGUUGCAGCUCUUCUAUCUCGAAAAAGUGAAAUCGUUUUUAUAUUUUUUUCCGUUAAAUUUUACUAUGAAACCAAAAUAAAGAGUAAUUAUCCUUGCAGUUUUUGUUUGGUUAGACUGAGGGACAAUCUCGUUCCCGAUCGUAUUAGUCAGGAUAUCAAUAAAUCACAAUCUAUGCUGAACGUGAUUACUGAUUACAAUUUUUCCAAAUCAUGCAACAAACAAAAAAUUAUUAUGCACACUUUAAGAAACGUUUAAAAAAAGGAAACAAUAGAAACAUAAUUUGGUAAAUAAAGAAAAUGAGCAAAAGUGUAGAAUUACUUUCUGGCACUAAUGACUCUGAAGCACAUGAUCAAUCCUGUGCCAACGACAAAUCUCGAUUAAAUUUAAAUGGCAAGUCAAAAAGUGCUACGGAACUCCGGGCUAAAGAUGUCGAUAUAGUUCGUCCAAAAUCAAGUAAUGAGUAUCAAUAUUCUAAUCAUCAAUCUCAUAUUCCUUAUCGACAUGUUGCGUCGGUUGCACAACGUACGCAUACUUUCUUCUCCACUUUGAAGAGCCGUUGGUCUCGAGGCCGAACUAAAGAACGUAAAAAAUCCAAAGAAACUAAAGGCAGGGAUUCACCGCACAAAUGUGGUAUCAUUGAAUCAGAUUAUGCAACUGAUUACUCAUCAGAUCAAAGUAAAAGUUCCUCUACAACGUACAGUCCAGCUCGAAUCAUUUUUAAUCAUCCAGAAUCACCGCUAAUACGAGGCAAUCAUGACAAGUUAGGAUCAGAAAAUCUUCUUCGAUUAAGCAGUGCCAAUAUUCCACCAAACGAUGAUCUCCAUCGCACUUCUGUUUGUGGGGAAGAUACUGUGAAUGAUGAAGCAGCACGUCACAGAGAAUUGGCUUUGAGACAACAUGCCUUUUUUCAGCUUCAUUUGCACUUACGAAGGGGUACAAAUCUCGUAGCAAUGGAUCGUUGUGGAGCUAGUGACCCUUAUGUAAAAAUCAAAUGCGCAGGUCGAUUGUUACAUAAAUCACGCACAGUGCAAAGGGAAUUAAAUCCCGUGUGGGAUGAAAUUAUCACACUACCAAUAGAGGAUCCAUUCCAACCAUUGAAUGUUAAGGUUUUCGAUUAUGACUGGGGCCUUCAAGAUGAUUUUAUGGGUGCUGCGCCAUUAGAUCUUACUCUUUUAGAGCUAGGCCAUGCUCAAGAUAUAGUACUGAGCUUAAAAGAUCCAGCGAAACCACGUCAGAAUUUGGGUGAAAUCUUCUUAACUGUAACACUUUGGCCAAGGAAUCAACAGGAAAAAGAACAGUACUUGCAAAGAUCAAAUCGACUAGCAGAUGUUAAUAAGCGUCUGAAGUCACAAAUAUGGAGCUCAGUGGUAACAAUCGUGUUGAUUGAAGCGAAAAAUCUUCUUCCAACGGACAUUGAUGGGCACCCAGACCCUUAUGUGAAGUUUCGUCUUGGAACUGAAAAGUACAAAUCGAAGGUUGUUAAUAAAACUCUUCACCCAGUUUGGUUGGAGCAGUUUGAUCUCCAUCUCUAUGAGGAUCCUUUCUCAAAUCAAGAGUUAGAAGUGACUGUUUGGGAUCGAGAUAAAAGUCACCAAGACGAUAUAAUGGGAAGGACAAUUAUAAAAUUAGCUCAUUUAGAACAUGAAAAAACGCAUCGAAUUUGGCGAGACCUCGCGGACGGAGCAGGAAAUAUUUUCCUCUUAUUAACCAUUAGUGGUACAACUGCUAGUGAAACAAUUAGUGAUUUAGCUGCUCACGAAGAGAUUCCGUCAGAACUCGAACGCAUAUCUCUGAGGUAUUGUAUUUGGAACACAUUUCAAAGACCACGUGACGUGGGACAUUUGACAGUCAAGGUGUACCGGGCACAGGGUUUAGCUGUCGCAGAUUUAGGGGGGAAAAGUGAUCCGUUCUGCGUUCUUGAAUUGGUGAAUUCACGACUUCAAACCCAAACUGAAUACAAAACACUUUCACCGAAUUGGCAAAAAAUAUUUACGUUCAAUGUCAAAGACAUAAAUUCGGUGCUCGAGGUGACUGUGUUUGACGAAGAUAAAGCAAUUAUAAUGUAUUUUAUUGAUCUCGGAAAGUAUAUACAAAGUUGCUGGGAAUGGGAAAGCAAAACUCGUAGCAUUAUAGCGCUUGUUUUGUUUAUAUUCGGCUGCUUUUAUUUUGAGCCGUAUAUGCUACCGUCUGUUGCGCUACUUAUAAUGCUCAAAUAUUGUGUAGUCUCAUUUAUCACAAGUUUACCAUCUUACUCGUCAACGUUUCAAACUGGUCUUCACGAUUCAAUAUUUAAUUCAGAUGAAAGUCUUUUGACACCCGGUGAUGAUGAUGAUGAUGAAGAUGAUAAAGAUAAAGAAGAGAAAAAAAGCUUAAAAGAACGCCUUCAGACUAUUCAAGAAGUAACACAAACAGUACAAAAUUCUAUUGGUUACAUUGCCAGUUUAUGUGAGAAAGUUAAAAAUUUAUUUAACUUCACUGUACCAUAUUUGAGCUACUUGUCAAUGUUUCUGUCUUUUACGGCAGCUAUUGUUCUGUAUAUUGUACCCGUCCGAUAUCUUAUCCUUAUCUGGGGUGUCAACAAAUUCUUUAGAAAACUUAUUCGACCUCAUUCAGUACCUAAUAAUGAAGUUCUCGAUAUCAUAAUACGAGUUCCUGAUGACGAAGAUCUUCUCAGUUAUCGGGAACUGAAACCUGCGCUGACCAUUGACUGUGGGGCACCUAGUUCAUCAAACAGUCCAAGUAGUAACGCUGCAACGAGACGAGAACAUCGAAAACGUCAAAAAGCUGUGUAGAAAAAUAACCUAUGACGAAGCGUUGGGUAUCCAUGGGUCAUGCAUCGUUUCCUCGAAAAAGCUAUUUAAUAACUAUCAAACAAAAAUGAAAGGCAAUAUUCUCAAGAAGGGAAAAAAUCAUGUUUCGUUAACAUGUAAGCAAAUAAGAAGAUAGAUAAUGUAGUAGUCUGUUUUGUAGUCAGAAGUAUGAAAAUAAAGUUGAAGUCAUCUGUGAUGAAACGUAAACAAACUAAUAAAUUCAAUUUUUGAAUUUCGACUUAUUGUGAUCUAUUGAAAAAUAAGUUAUAAGUUUGUUUAAGUUCAUGGCAGAUGAUUUUGCACCUAUAAAAUUUUUAAUUUAAAUUAGCGAGGCAUCGCAUAGCUAAAUAAAGAAAGAUAACCCAACAGAGUAGAUAGUCAAUUAACAAUAUAAGUAUGGCUAUAUUAGUAAGCUUACUUUUGAAGAUUUUAAGAUAAUUGUUAUAGCUAUACAAGCUUUUUAAUGACCAUGAAGAAUUUAGAUAUUAUUUGACCAUCAAAUCUCUCCUUACGAGUAAGUGUGAACAUAUAAGACAUAUAUAUUAUUUGUAGGGAGAAUGAUAGCUACAACCGAUAAUAAUAAAUUUUUUUUUUUUUAUUGAUUUUUGAGAACACAAAUUAAUUUUUUUAUAAAUGAUUUCGAAAAAAAAAUUUUUGUCGUUGAAUCUCGUCCAUUAAAUUUUAUUAAUUUUUUAUAUAAAAAAUACUUUUGUCUUCUACUUUCAAAGACCUAACACCGAUAACAAAUAAAGAUUUAUUUUAAUUAAUAUUUUUUUUUUUUUUUUCAAAAAUCAAAAAAGUUCACCCAACAGAAUUUAAGGUUGAAUGUAAAUCGCAUCGGUGGACGAAGUUUGGGCCCGAGAGGGUGCGCAUCUACAUAUGGUUAUAAAAAAUAUUUUCAGUGCCCCUCUGUCCGAAAUAUAUUCACUAUACUGGCAGGUUCUUGGUAGUAUGUGUGUAUGCAGUCUAUCUGGAUAGACUCACACAUACUACCAUAGCCAAAAAACAUGAGACAACGCGACGAAUAAAAGAAAGAGAAUGACCGCUAAUGAUAGAAAAUUUUGAUUCUAAUAGUUGAAUAUCUUUUAAAAUCCGUUGUAGAAAAUGAUCAUUGAGGGCUUAAAAAAUUCGUAUUGUGAAGGAGUACAAACUGAUAGUAAAUUAAGUAAAAUCGUAUAGAAACUUUUUGAGCUAGAUAAGAAAAUAUGUGUUUAGUCCCUAUACCUAUGUGUUAAAGUUGUCAACUUUGACAUUAAUUAUCUAAAAAAAAACGUUGUGUAAAAUUCUGAAAAAAUUCAACAAAAUAGAUAAUUAUUUUGGCUUUUAUAUGGGACCAAAAACUCGAAAAUCGUAUAGUUAGAAAUUCUAUUUACAUUCAACCUUAAUAUUUCUAGGUGCUCCAAAAAAAAUUUUACAAAUAACAAAAUUCUGCAUUUUUAAAGUUCUGAAGCCGAUUAUUUUCAAUUUUUAAAAAAAUUCAAAAAAAUAAUUUUUUUUUCAAAAUAUACAAUUUUUAAAUAUAUUCAAUUAACACUGGUAAUGUAUAUUUGAAAUACAUCAAGGUAGAAUUAGCCAUAUAUAGCAAAAAAUUCGAGUAUACUAUUAAUAUUCUAUUUUCAACAUUAAUAUACAAUCUUUAAUUUAUUUAUUCUAUAUAUACUUUUUUUGAAGAAUUGUUAUUAAUUUGUAUUAUUUUGAUGACAAUCAUAAAUAAAUUAAAAAAAGACUAAGGUCACGGGCCGGGUUUCGGGACGCUUAAAGAAAAUUUUUGUCUAAAACGGCUUAUAAAACUAUGAAAAGAAUAAGUUUUUACAUAUAUUCUUUUUUUUUUCAUUAAAAUAGUCUUUAAAGUUAUCAAAAAAAAAAAUAUAAGUAGUAAAUAAACAUAAUGGUUUAUUUAUAAUGAUUUUUUUAUGAUUUUAUAAUGAUUUUUGCCCAAUGGCCGAGUUACGGGACGUUUGAAAAUCUGGUGCCGGAGUUUCGGACCGUGUAAGUACGAGUUACGGGACGCUUAUAAAUAAAUUGGUCGUACAGGGAAAAAUAAUUGUAAAUAAGUACUUAUAAAGUGUUUUCAAUGUUUUAGUAAUCAUUUUUCUUUAUUUAAAUAUAAAUUUUAAUAAUAUAAAUAGAAUAAGAAGGCUCUGAAACAGUCGUCUAUGAACAUUAUGUUAUUUUUUUUUUUGUUCUUGUUUUUUAAGUUAACGAGAUCACUUGCCCAGGUAGGAAGUGACGACGGGCACAAGCCUGGGACAAGCCUGAUUACCCGGCUCUACAAUUUAUUGAUCUAAUUAAUAUAAUUUUUUUUUUCUAAUUGAAUAUAUGCACAAGUCAAGUCCCGUGUGAGG